CUGAGCUUCAACACCGCAUCAUCAUGGCGCGACAUCUACGGCGUGCGCAAGGGCAUCGAGCCAUUCGUCAAGAGCGAGUUUUACGACGGCGGGAACUUCGCCUCGGAGGCGCUUUCCAUCGUUAGUGAGCGCGACCCCAAGAAGCACGCCGAGAUGCGCAGGUACUUGGGCAGCGCCUUCUCCGAUCGCUCUCUCAAAUCACAAGAGCCGCUCAUCACCGCAUGUGUCGACCGGCUUGUCGAGAAGCUCGGAGAGGCAGGAACGGCUCCCCAAGGUACGAACAUCGUCAUGUGGUUCAACCUGGCCACCUUCGACAUCAUCGGCAGUCUUGCUUUUGGCAAAGACUUUGGCGGCGUCGAGCUGGGAAAAGAGCACUUUUGGGUCUCGAUCGUGACCAAGAGCUUGCGGCUUGGUGCGCUUGCCGACUGCUUCCGCAGGUUCCCUGCGUUCUCUGUCGUUGUUCAGAAGGUGUUUUCGCGCCUCAUUGAUCAGUUGAUGGCGGACAGCCGGAAGCAUCAGAAGUACACAAUGGAUUUGGUCCAAAGCCGUUUGGCAACUCACUCCGAUCGCGAGGACUUUCUCACUAAGAUGAUCGAGGCAAGAGAGGAGGACGACAUUUCGGAUGCGCAAAUUGCGGCGCAUUCUUCCGAUUUCGUCAUCGCCGGGAGCGAGACAACGGCUACUACUCUCUCCUGCAUGACGUAUUACCUGCUCAAGAAUCCAGCCAUUCUGGCACGUUUACAGCAUGAAGUACGGUCAACCUUUGACAAGUACGAGGACAUCAACGCGGCCACCGCGGUUCCAGUGAAGUAUCUCAAAGCCGUGGCUCAGGAGGCCAUGCGUGUCUACCCUCCACUUCCCUUUGCGCUACCCCGAGUGGUUCCGCAAGGUGGCUGUGAAGUCGAUGGACACUUUUUGCCUGGCGGAACAAUUGUGUCCACCAGUCCCUUCGCGGCUAGCAUGUCUACAGCGAACUUCGACGAGCCGUGGGAGUUCAGGCCAGAGCGGUGGCUUGGCGACAACCCUACCGACAACCUGGAAGCUAGUCAGCCGUUUUCAUAUGGGACACGGUCGUGUAUGGGACGAAGCCUCGGCUGGAUGGAGCUCCAGACGAUCAUGGCAAAAUUGGUCUUCCGUUAUGAUUUCGAGGCCGUGGAUCAGGAUCUUGAUUGGCACCGGGAUUCGCGGAUGCACACUUUGUGGGAGAAGCCGCCGCUGAUGGUGCGAUUCAAGCAACGUGGAAACUAG